AUGAUCAUCCCGAUUCGCUGUUUCUCAUGUGGUAAGGUUGUCGGUGAUCUCUGGGAGCGGUACCUCAAGCUUCUUGAAGAUGGUGUUGCGGAAGGUGAUGCUAUGGACCAACUUGGGUGCAAGCGCUACUGCUGUAGGAGAAUGUUGAUGACUCACGUAGACCUCAUUGAGAAGCUCUUGCGAUACAACCCACAGGAGCGCACCAGGAUCGGCCGUGGUUAGAUUUUCGCUCCCUCCCGAAAUUUUGCUCGAGCAUAGUCCCUUCAUUUCUGCUCGCGCUCUCGCAUGCCAACUACUACGAUCAUCGCUUGUUAGAUGCCCCCUGUCACCCCCCACGCUGCCCGAGGAUGGAAAGGGUUGCAGUAAUUAGAGCAGAAGGGCGCAAAUGUACAUUAGGCGAAAUUUGAGAUUUUCUAUUUCG